AUGUCACGGGAUGCAGGCCAAGCAACCCAGCAGGUGCAACAGGUGCAUAAAGGUUCUCAGGCGCGUCAUGAGUUGGAGGUGAUCUCUAGUGAUGACGAGCAUCAAGGUGGUGCGGGGCCCAUCCAAGUCGAAGAGCCAGAGGAACCCUUCAACCCGUCCUUAAGCGGCGCUUUCGUUCAGCCAAUGAUUUGCAGGUUCGAGAUGUGCAAACGCGAGAUUGUGGAUGGGUUCGGCCUGUGUUCUCCUGGCAGGUGGACCCCUGCAGCCAGGGAACGUCUGAUGGAUGCAGCGCAGACAGGCCAUGCAAGGACAGUCAGGAACCUCCUUGAAAGGUUCGUUCGUGAGCAGUUGGGGGAUGUGAAGAAAUUCUCAUUCAUGCUGGCAACCGGGAAAAUCUUGAGCUCACCCUUUUCUGAAGAAGCAUUGUCUGGUCUACGUAAGAGCAUUGCAGCGACUCUCAGUGGCCCAGCAGGAGCAUUGGAGGUUCCGGAAAGGCAGCCGUUUUACUUGUACUUGCUUGCACAGUCCCUUCAAAUUUUGGGCGACCCAGACUGGGCAAUCCUCACUCAAGGGGAGGAGUGCCAUGCAAACGGUAUGCCUCUUGGGCAUGACAAGCCAUUGCCGCGCGUGCCACAGGUUUUCAGGCGGAGGUUGAAAUCAAGGAAGCUGGGUGAGACCCCUUUCGAUCCCAUCAUGUCCAACUAUGUCUCGGCCGAGUUGUCGUCUGAACAGCUAGAGGCGCAGUUCCGCAAGGAUGCAGAGCAAGGGAUGAUGAUUGUCCGGCAGACAUUUUCGAAGUGGUUGCGUGCAGCUGAUGCAAAGGAGGUGGCCUUUUGCAUAUGGGGUCUGGUGGCCGAGUUCAUCGGAUACUAUUUGUCGUACGAGACUUUUUCAGCUGGCCUUUCACCAAAGCGGGUCAAGUGGGUUCUGGAAUGGAUCGGAAAUGCCGAGAAGAACAACUGGUACGUAACGGGCCGGGGGUUUAGCGAGUUCCUGGGGAGGCUAAACUUCGUGGCAAGAUUGCUCAGCUGGAUUCGUCCCUUCUUGGCACCUCUGUUCGCCUUCAAUGCCGUGCUGCGCCGGGGCACUGUUGCACGCUUGCCUGCGAUGGCUUUCAUCUCCUUGUGCUACGUCAGAGAUGAGCUGAAAUCUUCAAACGGCCUGCAGUCAGUGAAGCAGACGUGGCUGGCUCCGCGCGAGUCAUUCAGGACGGAUGCCAAGUGUGAGACCGGUAGGGUUGUGUUAGGUGGCUGGUCUACCAAGGCCGGCCUAGGCCUAGACCCGGAUGGAGAGUCUGGUUGGGCCUCUACUUCCGCUGAACUUUUGGCGUCUCUUGCAGCAUUGGUUGCCUUUGGGCAUUUGGCGCAGCCGAUCCCGGGAGCACAGGACUGCAUGCAGGUCUUUGUGUGUGGGGAGACGGACAACCGUUCGACCCCUGAGGUCCAGCGCAAGGGCCUGUCGAACAAGUGGCCAUUGUUUGGGAUACAGAUGGCAGCGAGCAAGGCAUUGCGCAAGGUGAACAAAAGGUUAAUGCUUAAUUGGCGUCCGCGUGAAGAAAACACUUGGGCUGAUGAUCUCACCAAUGGCGAUUUCCAUGCCUUUGACCCUAAGCGUCGUGUCAAACUGACUUUCGCGAUGCUUCCGUUGGGGCUUCGUGCUGAUCUUGAUGCAUCGAGGGCCGAGUUCAUUCAGGCAAGAGCUACAUUGGUCUCCUUGAAGACCAAAGAGGCAGCUAUAGGUAGGCGUGAGAAGGAAGCUACCAAGACCGCGUGGUAA